AUGCAAGAUCCCAACAGAAGGGUCAAUCCAUCUCACUCCCCAGAGAAGAUCGCGUCCUCUCCCAAAAUCCGAGAUGUGAAAAUCAGCCCAGACGGUAGACGCAUUCUGUAUCAAGUACAGCCGUUCUACAGGGUCUCUGAAAUCACAACUUCUCAACUUUGGCUGGCCGAAACGGACUCUGCAUACAGCGCACGGCAACUGACGAACGGCGACUUCAACGACAGGGCUGGUGUCUGGCACCCAGACGGAAAGCGUGUGUUUUUCUUGUCCGAUAGAGACGAGGCGGGAAAAGCUGGGCACAUCUUCGUGAUGACUAUUGGGAGAGAGGGCCAAAUCGAAAGCGAGGCCACGGCAUUUUCAAAGGGGUUUGAAGAGAAAAAUGUUCAGAAGUUCGAGAUAUCGCCAGACGGAAAUUUCGUGGCGUUCGUCGUUGCUGGUGAUAAGGUGGAUGGAAAAUCCAGACAUCGUCAGCAGCUGAAGGGUGAACCGAAGGUUUUUGGGGCGAAGGCUGAUUUGGCGAGAUUGAAGCUAUUCGAUUUCCGCACAGGCAUCGUACCCAAAGUUCCAUCAAUGUUUGCUGAUAAACAUGUCGAAAGCUUCGCCUGGAGCCCAGACAGUAAGGAGUUGCUAUGCCGAUUACUAGAAAAUAAAGGAGCAGAGUUUGCGGAGAUGGAGGUGAUCAUGGAGAGAGUGGCCAUCUCUGCUGAUGAGAAAGGCCAACAGAACGCCACAGGCGUAGUCGUAAGCAGAUAUCCACGGGCCCCUUCGGGUCCAACUAUCUGGCUGUCUUCUGGUCACAUCGUGAGUACACAAAGCUACGAGCCGAGCAAUGUCCUGGAUGCCCGGACUUUGACGGCACAUCGGUUCGAUGGGAUUGAAAAUAAAUUUUAUGGCCUGACGGAAGACGCUGUACGGAUCGUCGACAUGGGCUAUGGAACACAGAGUCGAAACGCGAUGAUUGCAGUGGAGGUUUGCACCGAUGUGGACACCCGCAUCGACGUACUAAAUUUCGUUGAUGAUCGCGACGGCAACAUCAUAGUUUUGUCUUCACUCUUCGAGACGAAGGGUGAGGAGGCAAUCUGGUUUGGAGCAUGGGAUGCGAAGUGCUGUGUAUCUGAAGAGAACGAGAUUUCAUUCGUUUUUGCAGCAGUCCUGAGCUCCGGAAUUCACCAUAGACCCCCAAACAUUUGGUCAAUCCGAGUUCAGGCGACUGCACCACAAAAAAGGCUCCAGCUUUCGUCUCAUCUGCAAUGGCUUGCAGAUGCCCCCCAGAUUAAAACCGAGGUUAUUCACUGGGAAAGUACGGAUGGUAUCAAACUGAGUGGCUUGGUGAGGUAUCUCCCAGGGUACAACGGUCUCCUGCCGACUAUUUUGCAUAUCCACGGCGGUCCAUAUCGUCGUGACAUUCCAGACUACAUGCCAUACUUUUGCAAUUGGCGAGAGAUGCUUGCAUCUGCGGGAUAUCUGGUGAUAUCACCAAAUUACAGAGGCAGUGAGAAACCAAUUCAUCCGGCGAUGUGGCUGGGUGCUUACCGACUGUUCAUAGGCCAGGGUCGGGGACACGAGUUUGCACAUGCAGCUGAAGCAGGGAUAGGCGUGUACGACUGGGCCGACUGCGAAAGCAUGGUCGACGAGGUCAUUAAACGAGGGCUGGCCGACCCAAGAAAGUUGGGAGUUGCAGGGUGGAGUCACGGUGGUUCCCUGACCGCAUGGGGAGUUACAAAGACCAAAAAUAGAUUCAAGGCAGCUGUGGUUGGUGCUGGGGCAGUUGACUGGGAAGGCAUGGUCAUGCAAUCAGCAUCACCGGAGCUUGAGAUGGCCAUUAGUGGGCAUGAUCCUUGGGGCUCAAAGAGAAAGUCGAGUCCCAUCCAUGAAGUUGCUGCAGUAGACACGGCCGUCUUGAUUCUCCAUGGUGAGAAGGACGAGCGUGUCCCAGUUGGCCAAUCGGUUGGAUUUUGGAGAGGCCUGAAAAGGAAGGCUACGGAGAGAGGAAAAAAAACUGCCGAGUUAAUUGUCUAUCCGAGGGAACCACAUGGGUAG